AUGGGUGCCAGCGACUCCAAAAUCGGCUUCAAGCAGGGCAUCUUCAAGCUGUCAGAGGAGCGCAACAUUGCGGCGCGCGACCCUUACUGGACCUCGUUCUGGGAGCUUCCUGAGUCGUCCGAGGAUGUGUUCAGCCUCUUUUCGCCAAACGACAUCCGCCGAACCCGUGACAAUGCCCUAGAGAACAUCGAGACGUUGAUUCAAGCCCUGAUAUCGCGAAUCCUUGGUUUACGUCAUCAUCCGUCCUUUCCAGAUCCCGAACAAGCUCCAGAACGAGACAUCCUCAACUGCAUCAGAGUCCUGACCCGAAUAUUGCCAUAUCUCUAUGAGAAAGAGAGCCUAGGAGCUUGGGAAGAACGGUUCUUGUGGACUCCGCGAAAGGGAAAGGGCCGAUCGCCUACCAAGAACGAAGUCUUGUUCGAUGAAGCCCAAGAGGGGAAGGAACAGCCCCAACCCGCAGCGGAUGUCCAAGAGACAUUGAAGCCUCUGGCAGAAGAAUUGAUAGACACGUUGAUUGAUCUCCUAUUCUUCUCCGGCUUCACUCUCCCUCGUCAGCCGGAUGGCCAGUCCAAAGUCACAUAUGCCAUAUGGCAGAGCGGGGUUGGAUGCAAUACCGCCGUGGCGACGACGAAAGAAUUCGAAAGCAACAGAUGCGAAAUCCUCAGGCUCCUCAUGACCCUUGCUGGUCAAAGCAUGUACAUGACCGCUGGAGUGCUGCCGCAAAGAGGGGUGCGGACUCUGACUUAUCUCUGCACGUCGUCCGACAAACAGGUCGUGCUCUCGGUAUUGUGCUCUCUUCUAAACACUACGUUAAAGUACAAUCCAGCCAGCUGGCGCGUGCCAUACAACAAUUUGGUAUUCAGAGACACCAAGCAGGUUCUUGUCACUUACUCUAUACACUUUCUAUUAGCGAUGCUCAUAUACCCUAUACCCGAAGAUGCAACCUCGUCGUCGCACAAGAACUUUUUCCGUCAUUUUCUCGGUCGGAUCCAUCGCCCGCAAGAUUUCCAGUUCAUAGUCGAUGGGAUGACCCGCAUUCUCAACCAGCCGCUUCAAGAGAAGACUUCAUACAUUCCCGGCGCUCAGUCUUCCUCGAAUCUUGCCCCGGAGGUCUUGAUGCUUUUCUGGGAGCUGAUUCAGUGCAACAAACGGUUUCGAUCCUUCAUCAUCGAUACAGACAGGGCACAUGAUUUCGUUGUGCUAUCUCUGUUUUACGCUCUGGAAUACAGAAACGAGCCGUCUAAGCAGGGGGUUGUGCGCAUGUGCGCAUUUCUCCUACAGACGUUGAGCGUUGAAGUGAGCUUUGGCUCUCACCUGAACAAGAGAUUCGAAGGACAAGAGAGCCUGCCUGCAAGCAUCAGGAUCAGCGGAUUUAGGGGUACCUAUGCCGACUUCCUUCUGCACUCUAUAUACACCUUGAUUACCACGAGUCAGGGGAACUUCGCGCCGGUCUAUCCCGCGCUUCUAGCGGUCAUCAACAACAUAGCGCCACACGUCGAAGGCCUGAGUGCCACAACCAGCGCUCAGCUCAUGCAUCUGUUUUCCUUGAUGGCAUCCCCAUCCUUUCUGCUUGCCAACGAGACAAACCAUGUCCUUCUACAGUCUCUUCUGGAGUCACUCAACUCAAUUCUUGAAAACAAAUACCGCCAAAAUCCAGAGCUGAUAAUGGCCAUUCUGAAAAACAAGAAGCGAAUAGAGGCACUUCGAUCAUUCACAUUGGAAAGCGGGCAAGAGGAAAUUGAAAAGAUCAACAGGAGAAGAAAAGAGUUCGGAAACCACUCAGGGCUGUUCGAUGACGGGUCUCGACGGAGCUCGGCUGAUAGCGUACGGAGCCCAACGAAUGCUCUGUCCCGCAGCCAGUCCUUGGAUGAACCCCCGGGGGACAGCGCAUUUGCCGUUGGAGACGACGAAGAUGACGACAGCGAUGAAGAGCCUCAGGCAACGCCGGCCGCAUCGACGGGUAGCGAAAAUCCGUCGCAAGCGUCCUCUGUGACCAAUGUCGAAGAUGCAGUGCCUGUGCAGCUGCGAGGAAUGUCGGAGAAGGCCCGUGGAAAGAUGCCGGCCAAUAUCCAGUCCUUCUCCAGGCAGAACAGUUCAACAAGCCUUGGCGCAUACUCGACCAGCAAUGCGGCGUUCGGAGGCAGCUUCGAACCCACAGCCCCCUGGAUCGAGAGUUGGCUGCCGGAGUUGCCUCUGCACACAAUGUUGACCAUCAUUCAGCAGGCAACAGCCGUUCUCCCACGACACGCAUUGGCCCGAGAAGCCCUGCCGGACACGCUGCGUCGGAUUCAGAAGAUUGAAUUCAUCGGCCUCGAGCCAUCGCCCAUACGAGUUCACUCCUUUGAAUGGUCGUCGCUGGCACUCGGGUGGUACGAGUCCCUGCUCUGGGGCGUCAUCUUCGCCAGCGAAAUGCAGAUUGCAAAGGGCACCAUGGGCAUAUGGAACGGAACUGCCAUCAAGCUCUUUCGCGUCCAGGAGACGGCACCGGCAGGCCCCACACUGACCUCACCCAGAGGGGCUGUGGAUGCCGUUGGAAGCAAUAUUGUUUCACGAAUCGGCCAGAUAAAUCUUCGCGGCGCGUCGGCACCCUUGGCACCCUCGAACUCUGCACCAAGCAGGGGGGGUUCAUGA